AUUGUAGUUGAUUCACCUCAACCAGGUCAAACUCGGAUCGGAUCUCACAACUAUGGUUUCCUUUCCAUAAUGAAACAAACGGAAAGCAGCAGUCCUCUCUCGGUUUGUUUUGACUGCGGGCAAAUCUCGGCCCUUCAGCCAGGGGCAUAUGCGUUAGCAAACCGAAAAACGAAAUCUUAAAACAAAAAGGCGAUUUGGCUCAAAUCCAGCUUAAUUAUACCUUAAUUAGGAUUAGUGGUGCCUAAAACAAGCAUUUGCUCUGCUACAUUUUUUAACACCCAGCACCAGCUUUAAGAUCCACAGAUUUCUUCUUUCCCUCUAAAGGAAUAACUUUUUUUUUUUUUAAUUAUCGCAUAGCUCAAUGCGAGCAUACAUAGCGUCUCCUGAAUCCUAAAAUUUCCUGCUUUUCUGUAUGUGGCUGUGUAUAUGAUAGAUAUAAACCUUGAAGAUUGUUCUUUUAUACGGUUUUUGAGUGAUCAGCUGGUGAUAUAAAGCUCGCAUUGCUCGAAAUGGGAGAGAAAACGAGGUCCAGGGGUUGCUUUGGGUGGUUUAUUGUGGCUGUAGUUUUGGCAUUGGUUGUGGUUGCCGUUGUUUACACUGUUAUAAAGAAAACUCAUAAAUCCGAUGAGGCCAGUCCUGCUCCAGGUCCGCCUGGCGCCGUCGAGAAGAAGUACGCUGAUGCUCUUAAAGUCGCUAUGCAAUUCUUCGAUGUGCAGAAGUCUGGUAAGUUGGAGGAUAACAAGAUAUCUUGGAGAGGGGAUUCAGCUCUUCAAGAUGGGAGUGAAGCGAAAUUGGACCUCUCAAAAGGCAUGUAUGAUGCCGGAGAUCAUAUGAAGUUCGGUUUUCCAAUGGCUUUUACUGCCACAGUGUUAUCUUGGGCCAUUCUGGAGUAUGGGUAUCAAAUGAAUGCAGUUAAUCAGCUGGAACCCGCUCAAGACUCGCUCAAGUGGAUCACUGACUACCUUAUCAAUGCUCAUGCUGAGGACAAUGUGCUCUAUAUUCAGGUUGGUGAUCCUAAGACAGACCAUGGUUGUUGGGACAGGCCUGAGGACAUGACUGAGAAGAGGCCCCUCACUCAGGUGAACAUAUCUUCUCCAGGAACAGAUGUUGCAGCUGAAACUGCAGCAGCUAUGGCUUCAGCAUCGCUGGUGUUUAAGAAAAGUGACCCCACAUAUUCAAGCACUCUCCUUGAGCAUGCAGAACAAUUAUUUAGUUUUGCUGAUAAACAUAGAGGUUCCUAUAGUAAGAGCAUCCCCCAAGUUCAGACUUAUUACAAUUCAACAGGAUAUGGAGAUGAGCUCCUGUGGGCAGCUAGCUGGCUCUACCAUGCUACAGGGGAUCAAUCAUAUCUUCAAUAUGUGACUGGGCAAAAUGGAAAAAUCUUUGCAAACUGGGGAAGUCCAACCUGGUUUAGCUGGGACAAUAAGCUAGCAGGAACGCAGGUUUUGUUGUCCAGAUUAACCUUCUUUGGUGAGAAGGAAUCCUCAAACUCAGGCCUUCAAAUGUACAGGAAAACAGCUGAAGCUGUGAUGUGUGGCCUUAUACCGGAUUCUCCAUCUGCCACAACCAGCAGAACUGACAGUGGACUUAUAUGGGUCAGUGAAUGGAACGCUUUACAACAUCCUGUUGCUUCUGCAUUUUUAGCUACUCUUUAUAGUGACUACAUGCUUACAUCGAAGACCACUAACCUAUCAUGCAAUGGAGAAUCAUACAAGCCAGCAGAUCUUCGGACGCUUGCCAAGUCCCAGGCUGAUUACGUCUUGGGCAACAAUCCUCUGAAAAUGAGCUUUCUAGUUGGAUAUGGUGACAAAUACCCACAAUACGUGCACCAUAGGGGAGCUUCAAUCCCAGCUGAUGCAACAACUGGCUGCAAGGAUGGCUGGAAAUGGCUUGAUUUAGAGGAACCCAAUCCCAACGUAGCUGUUGGAGCACUUGUAGGUGGGCCCUUCCUAAAUGAAACAUACGUUGAUUCUAGGAACAACUCAAUGCAAGGGGAACCAAGCACAUAUAACAGUGGACUAAUUGUUGGGCUGCUGUCGAGCCUGAUCACCACCUCUCCAGCAGUUCAAUCCUUCACCUAAAUCAAUCUGGGUACAUAUACAGUGACACAUUGUUUGUAUUUUAUGUAGUUGUUACUUGCCAGGGUUGCUAUUUGAUAUCAUAUUUUGUUCCACACUGAAACCUGAGUUGCGUUCUUGUGUAAGAAGCAUUCUUUUUGUUGUAAUCGGUGGAAUAACCCUAAAUACGAAUGCUCUUCCUUAGAAGUUUCAA